AUUUCAAAGGCCAAUGGCAAGCAAAGACUGAGAGGCUAACUAACAUAGUCUAUGGUUAAUAACAAAAAAAAAAGACUUUCACUUUUAACUUAAACAUUAAAUAAAAAGAUUAAGAAUAAUAAUUUUUUUACUUCAAUUUACAUCAAUUUAAAAUUUUAUGUAGAAUUGUAGAGGAUUAGACCACAUGGAAUAUUGAUGCAAAUAAAAUAUGGAGGAGUUAGUAGUAGAGAAACAUCAGAAACCCAUCAAGUGGACUGUAAAUGAUUUUAAUCUCCUUCAACUGAUCUUUGUUGAUGUAAAUGGUAUUCCUAGAGGGAAGACAGUGCCAAAGAAUGUAGCUCUGCACCUUGCUAACAAUGGAAUUGAAAUGUUGCACUGUAAGUUGAUCUUGUCUAUAAAAUAUUGUUCAAUAACUGCUGUGGGCAACUGAUAUUUUAUUAGUAUUAGUCUAGUGAUUUUAAAAAUUAAGCAUCAAUUGAGUAAUAUAAAAUCAAAUUGAAUGUCAAGAUAGUAACAAAUUUCAUAUUAUAUUGUUGUUAAAAAAAUGUGCUAGUUAGGGAUAUGUUGUUCCAAAAAAUUAUUGCCUUGAAUUGAAACCACUAUGUGCUACACCAGCCUUAACUAUUAUAGUAAAAAUAUGAAACCAUAUAACAGACAUUCAGACAAUUUAAAUUUAAGAUUACUGAAAGAUUGCAUUCUUUUUUUGGGCCAAGAUAAAAUUUAAGAUACUGGAUGAUAGGAUUAGAAUAAGAUUGAGAUGAGAAUUACAUUUUUUUAUAUACACUAUACUAGACUAUAGGAUUCUUUUACAGGCAUGUCUCUAUAUGGAGACACUGGAGUCCUUUAAAACAGAUCUAAAGACACAUCUAUUUCGCAAAUACCUUCUGGGAUGAUUGUCUACCUUAUUUUCCAUGUGUUGCUGUGUUGCUCCGGGUUGAAAUGGCUAGAAAGACUUUGAUAUUGUAUGCUUGUAAUUAGUUUUUGUAGUGUUGUGUUUGUUUUAAAUGUGGUGAAUUAUAGAUAUGUUUUUUGUUGACUUUGUACCGCACUUCGAGCCUUUGGGGAUGAAGCGUGUUUUUUUAAAUGAACUUUAUUAUUAUUAUUAUUAUAUUUAGAUAAUACAUACUAGUGAUUGUGAGUUAUUUAGUAUAUUUUGUUAUAUAGAAACAGUUGGGGACAUCCAGAGAAAGUCUCCAUAUCUAAAUUACAGCACCAUAAUUAUCCUUAAAAAUUUUCAAACAAAUUUUAUGGCAUUUAAUUUCACCAUCUGAUAAUAAACAGCUGAUUAGUACUUUAUGUAAAUGUAUGUUAAUUUUUUUUUCAUGUUUUGUUAUACUUUUGCAUUGUAUGUUUCUUCACAACUGGUUCUUUUUGUUGUCUUAAGCUCUUUUAAAUAUUUUUCACAGACAGGAAUCUCUUGUGAAACUUUAUGCAUGCUCACUUUGUGUUUCAGUAAACCAAACUCUUGGCCUUGCCAUGGAUGUGCCAUGGAAGGUCGAGGAGCUUAUUGAUGAGUUUCCGAAUGGUAUUUAUAUACCUGAUCUUGAGACAGUUGUGAGAUGGCCUUGGGCUUGUCAACCUGAACUACAAAUUGGACAAGUCAUGGGUCAUAUUGUUUGGGAGGAUGGUCAUCGUGAGUCCCUUUCAGUGAGGUUUCAGGUAUUUAACUUUGACCAUAUCCAGUUACAUACAAAUAAAGCUUAUGAACUUCUUUCUAUGCAUAGAAAAAACAACUCUAUAUAAUUUACCAUCCUUUCGUCAUUCUCUUCUUUCUAAGGCAGAGAAACAAAUUGACAAGCUAAAAUCCCUGGGCUUAAAAGUAGUAUCUUCAUUCACCAUCCAGUUUACAGUUUUUAAAUCUGCACAUAAGCACUGUGGAGAUUUUAUGGGUGAGUAUAAGUGCCUAUAGGUGAACAUUGAUUAGGUCAGUGAUAACUGAAUCUGACUAGCUGAAGAGAGAUGACAGUCAUGGCACACACAGGAUCCUGCUUUUAUAACAAGUACUACAACACCAAGUAAAAUUUUAUAUAAAGGAAAAUAUCUAAAAACUAAAAGAUAUGACCCGAUGUUACCGGGGAAAUAAUGGAAGAUAUAAUCAGACCUGUUGACUCUUACGAUUUUGGUGUACCAUGUACGAUUUUGAGGUGUAUACAUUAUAUAUACUGUAUGUUUAUUUUUUACUAUUAAGAUAAUGUAUUGAAUGAUAUUGUAUGAUUUUAAGAGUUUGUGGGUAAACAGGUCUGUAUAAUGCACCAUUUUCAUCUAAAACUAAAUUUUUACAUAUGUAAAUGAAUUGGUUUUUUGAUCUAUUGUAUCCUCAAGAAAAAUUUAUGACAAUUUUCAGUGCCUUUAAGAUGUAUAAUUAAAGAAGCAUCUUUGUAGAGAUGUUUACAUUUCUAACAUGUUUGGCUUAUGAGAAUGUUUUUUUCUUCUAUAGAAUAUAGGCCUACCCACCCCUUUUUCAUGGCCCUGAACUACAAAGAAAAAACAGAUUCUCAAAAUUGUAAAAAACAUGUGCUUAACUUUAAAAAAUCUAUGUACCAUUUUAAAUAUCUGUAACAUUAACAGAUUUUGAUGUAUUGGUAUCUUCAUUAUUAAAACUUUACCCAAAUUAUGCCUACUCCUGAACUAUAGUAUAGGAAAAUCUUUUAAAACAUAAUUUUUAUAUAUAAAAAAGAAUCUUUUAAAUUUGGUAAGUUGUAAAAAUUAUGUACCUAUUUUAAAAAUGUUUUAGUUUUCAAGUCUGGAAAACGAUUGUGUUUUAGAUAUUGUUAUGCACAUAAAAAUUUGCCAAAUCAUUCUCACCCCUGAACUGUAUAUUUGGAAAUAUUAUGGUGUCCUCAUUUUCCCAUGUCAAAGUUUAUUGAGUUUUAAGGUAUGAGUUUACCAACUUUUCAACUUCCUUGAACCCCAUGUUCCGACAUUAUUGUUACAUGUGCUAACAUGUAUUUUAAAAGAAAAUCUAAAAUCUCUCUUUCACAAUUGUAAUAAUAGAUUUAAAUAUAUUGUUAUCAUAAAAAAAUCUAAACAUCUUUUUUUUUCCCACAGGAAUGUGAUUGCGGUAGAAAGUUAAAUAAGUUAUUUCAUUAGUUUUAAAAUAUCUAUGUACCAAUUUCCGGUGUGUAACUUAUUUAAACUUUGAGUUAUGGCUAUACUCAUCCAAUCAUUCUGUUGCGUAUCUUUUGUUGCCUCAGGCAAUAUAAAAAAAUCAUAGCCCCCCCCUCCCCCAGAUAUUUUAUUAUUUUUAAUAAACAAUAAACGCACCUCUCCAAAAUUAUAACCCCCCCUAGUAACGCCAUCACACACUUUUUGCCCACCCCUGAACUAUGUUAAUAUUCUAACAACUCCCUUUUUUAUGCAAUAAACUUCAUAUUCAAUGUUAAAAGUAAUAAAUCAUCACUUAUUUCCAUAUAGUUAAAAAUAUUGUUAUCUAUUUUUAAAUUAAAAUCCAUAAUCUUUAACAUAAUCGGGAUUGGAGAUAAUGAUUUUAAAAUGUAAACCCCCCCUCUUACCAAAUUUCCCCUAGCCCUUGAAAUGUUUUGAACUCAGCCUUACAUGGUGACAUAAGCUUAUUCUUAUCUAGCAAUAAAUUAGUAUUUGAUAAUUCAUUAGAAUCAAUCGUACAUUUUUGUUUACUUGUUUUUCUACUUGUGUAUUUUAAUAAAAAAAAAAAAUCUCCAUCAGCUUAUGAUAUGAAGUAAGAAUUAACAUUUUGGUUUCAGGGAGUUGAUGCCAGCAAUACAAAUAUGCAGUUUGAACAUUUCCAUGUAUGAUUUUCCAUAGGAGGAGACAAUAGGCUUGGGAUAGGACCUUAUGACAAUAUCAGUACAGAACUGUGUAUGUUGGACCUAUGUGAACAAUUGAAAGAAGCUGGAGUGGAGGUGGAAUCAUGGACCAGUCUGCCGGGUAGAGGUUGGUUUGGUUUUGUAAUUUUAUUUUAAAAAUAUUUAUAAAUGAUGAAGCUUUAUCGAUUGUAACUCCUGGAAAAUAUCAUGUGAUGCCAGUCGCUCUGUAUCACUUGAGUCUGCUUGCCACUCAAUGAGGGACAAUUGAAUUGACACUUAAUGUAAUCAUUGGGUGAGAUAGUAUCUAAAAAAUGAUUUUGGGGUAGGAGAUGUGGAGUCAGUGAAUAAAGCCAUCGAGACAUUAAAGUCUCACUUGAUCAACUGCCUAGUAACCCACAUAGUAGACCACUAGUUCAAUCCUGGCAUGAAUUUACUAACUUAGUGGCAAAGUCUACCUCGCCUUAAGCAAUUAGCUCAAGCCUCUCCUAACCAAUAUUUGUUAGUUAAAACAAGUGAAAGUCUAACCUCACUUCCUUGAUUUUACUUUCAGGUCAAUUUGAAAUGACUCUGCUUGCUUCUGAAGGUAUCAGGUCUGCUGAUGCAGUCUGCAGAUUCAGACAUGGAUUGAAGAGCGCCAUGGCCAAGGUUGGUUUUCAAGUCACCUUUAUGACACAUCCACCUGGAGUAGGAGCUGAAACUUUUAACUCUAUGGUGCACCGAUUUGCAAUUUACAGCACUCUUGGCCAGAACAUGUUCCUGGAUGACACUGAGGGGGGAAAACUCUCAGGUGGGAGUAAUCAAACUUGAGGGACUACAUUGUUGGAAUGUCAUGAUUAUGUACUUUUAAAGAUGCGCUACAAGAAUUGUUCAAAAGAAACAAAAAAUUGCAUUUUGCAUCAUUUUUGGGGGUUUACCACCAGACAUUUAAGUCACUUCCAUUGUUACAUUAAUUUAAAUAAAAAUAAAAUUUAAAGCAAAAUAAAAUAAUGAAGAAUAAGAUAAACAAGACAAUGAAAAUAAAUUAAACGACAACUUUAAAAUGUUUAUUAUUUAUAAUUUAUAAUAUUGCAGUUUGAAAUAUUAAUGUGAAAAUAAAGCCCUGUUCAUUUUUUAAAACCCUUUUAAUCUUUUGGAUUGAUGGUUCUAGCUGCUUAAAAAAAAAAUGAGCUUAAAUAAUAUAUUUUUUUGAAAAAGGUUAUUCACCAAUUUCAGGGCUUCUUGAUCUAUUCUCUUAGGAAAUGAAAGUCAUUAAUAAUGGACUUUUUACAACAUGCAAAAAAAUAAUAAAAAAAAAAUAAUCAAGUUUUUUCAUCAAUUAAAAAAAGACAACUAUUUUAAUAAAUUUGGGAUAAAAUUACUGAAAAUAAAGAGUUCUUAUAACCAAGAGUACUUAAACAUGUCUGCAAGAAUUCAUUAAGUUUAGUUUGGAAUUUAGGUGCUUUUUAAAAGUUCAGCAUUAAAAGUAACUAAGUCAGGGCUGUCUUAUCUAUUCAAGUCACCUUUUUCGGUAGCGGGUACAUUUUAAAAAAAAUGAUAAAUCACUGAAACUGCAAAAAUAAAAUAUAUUUUCGUCUAAGCAAACAAUAUUGAUUUGAUGUUUUAAACUCCUCAGAUGUCGUAAAAAACUGGACAGCUGGAAUGCUCAGUCAUGCAGCAGCUAUGACAGCUCUCUGUUGUCCCACUGUCAACUGCUACUCUCAUGAUAAAACACCCAGACAUCUUGAUUGGGAUGUAGAUAAUUUUUCAUCAUAUUUAAAUAUCCAUGUCCAUGAAAAUGAGGCAUGGAUAGAAAACAGAAUGCCUACCUCAGCUUGUAAUCCGUAUUUUGUGAUUUUAGCUACUGUAGCAUCAGGGAUUGAUGGUUUAGAAAAGAAGAUGAAUUGCCCAGAAAAAUGCAGUACUUCAUUUGAUAUAGUACCAGAAGAUCUUGGCACAGCCUUGCAGAUUUUAAAAGUUGAUAAUGUUUUGACAGAUGCCCUGUCACCAGUGCUUAUGAAAGUGUUCCUUAACAUUAAAGAGGAUUAUGAAAUUGAAAAAUUCAGAACCUUAGAAGAUGGUCCAGAUAGAACUGAUAAGUUGAAACAGUUAGAAUAUGAAUACUAUUUAUCUAGGUUGUAAGACAUUAAAAAAUGUUUUUUAUUUGAUGAUGGUUUUAUUAAAGUUUUAAUGAGAAUAAGAGGAAAUGUACAAGUUGUUUAAUAAACUAGAUUGUAUCUCAUUAUUUACUGCUACUGAAUUAAUUAACAAGUAAUAUUUUCAUUAUGCUGUGACAAUCUUUUCAUUUUUGCUAUUUGUUGAUUUUAGAUUCCAGGAUUUUGGUUAUGCAAGUUUGUUUGGUUAUUUUUGACUGAAGUUUGCCACAUCUGCCAUGUUAAGUAAGGUUUUAAUCAGUGCUCUUUUUGUCACAGAGCAUGCUAUAAAGGUGUUCCUGUACCUAGAUUCUGUGGAAUUUAACUUAAGUUAUCUUAAAUUAUUUAUUAAAUUAAAUAAAUGAGAGUUUGGUUCCAAUUUUUAAAACUAAAGAAAACCGCAAGAGCAUUGAAUUGUUUAAUUAAUUCUAAACAAAUAUCCAGGCCCUGUUGCUGUGGUAUUUAAAUAUAAUUGGUUUUUUUAAUGUGCUUUUAAACAGAUUUUUCACAAAAAUUGACUGUUUUAAAAAUAUUGCUUAAUUUAUCACCCCCAAAAACCAUUUAGAUAUUUUAUAUAUUGUAUGGGUAGUCUUCUUUCUUUUUUUUUUUUAAACUUCGCUGAUCUUUUUUUAAAAUGUAUUUUUCCUAACAUUAUUUACUGGCAAGUCAGUUUUUUGGAACACGUUGACAAAUCUGAUUUGAUGUGAAUACCAAUCAACCAUUCCAAAUUUUUCAGUAGUAUUAGGCGUGUAUUUUAUUACCAGGUAUUGCAUUUUAAAGGUCUGUGUUUAAAAAAAAAAAUCUACCAAUUAGCUAUUAAAAUUUGGUUUUCACCAAGAAAG